AUGGGACAAAGUCAAUCCGGUACAAGCGACAAACAUGUUACAACAGAGCAACUGAGUCAUGAGCUGGCUCGGAAAUUUGCAAAACGAUGCUUUACAUCCCUCGAAUUGUUUUCAUUUCAAGACGUCUUUAAGAGUCUUGCAGAUCACCAAGAUGGAGUCGCAUAUUUUAAGGAAGAUACCAUCGCGCGAUUCCUAGAGAUUCCGGAUAUACUGGGCGCAUCCCCAAUUAUAUAUCAAAUGGUAACCUACCUUGGUGCAUUUCCAUUUGGUCAGGAUGCGCCUGUGGUUUUGGGAUUCGAACAAAUGAUUAUGGUGGUGGUAAUAAUGACGGAGAGAUAUCAAAGAGUGUUGAAGAAGGGCAGUAGGGAUCGGACGAAGCUACUAUUUCGGAGUCUGGCAGUUUACGAUAGGGGGGAAUCUCGUGCGGGGAUUGAAAAGCAAGAUGAUAAGACAGGGACAACUCCUCCGUUAUCAGAAGGAGAUAGUGUCGUUCAAAAUCAUGCCACGGGUUUCGCUGUCGAUGCAGCUGCGAAUGAUGAUAAAGACGAGAAGAGAAGAAGAAGAGGAAGAGGACGACGAUGA